AUGACUCUGAUCCUUCUCCUUUGCAUCUCGGGGGUGACAGCAGAAACCGCUCGGUACUCUGUGCCUGAAGAGAUGGAGAGAGGCUCCUUUGUGGCGAAUAUCGCUAAGGAUUUGGGACUGACCGGUGAAGAAUUAUUGGCUCGUCAGGCUCGACUCGUUCCUGAAGGAGAAAAGCAGUAUUUACAGCUGAACCAGCACAGCGGGGAUUUGGUGGUGAGAGAGCAAAUGGACCGGGAGGAGCUGUGCGGACAGAGCGAUCCCUGCCUGCUGCGUUUCGAGGUGCUGCUGGAGAGCCCACUGCAGUCCUUCCGAGCUGAGGUAAGCCUCACCGACAUAAAUGAUCAUGCUCCUGUGUUCUUAAAUAAAGAGAUAGUUUUAAAGAUCCCGGAAUCUGCAUUGCCGGAGACUCGAUUUUUGUUGGAAAGCGCUCAGGAUCCAGAUGUAGGAAACAAUAGUCUUCAGCAUUAUAGUAUCAGCUCGAACGAGUAUUUUCGUAUCUACACCCGGCGGCGGAGUGACCGUAGGAGGUAUGCCGAGCUGGUGUUGGAUCGAGCCCUGGACAGGGAGCAGCAGGCAGAAGUUGUUUUCAGCAUCACGGCUGUGGAUGGUGGGACUCCACCGCGCUCGGGUACAGCCUUAAUCCGUGUGGUAGUCCUGGAUAUAAAUGACAACAUCCCAUUAUUUACCAGGAGUCUGUAUAAAGUUUCUGUAAAGGAAAAUAGCCCCCAGGAUACUUUAGUGGUGGCGGUGUCUGCUAGCGAUUUAGACUCGGGAACAAACGGAGAAAUAACCUAUUCUAUAGUUCAAAAUUCAGAGGAAAAUCUCGAGACGUUUAAAAUAAAUCCAGAGACAGGUCAGAUUCGACUCAAAAAGCCUUUGGAUUAUGAGGAAACAAAGACAUACGAGAUAGACGUUCAGGCCACAGAUGGAGGGGGUCUGUCUGCACACUGCAUGGUGGAAGUGCAAGUGGAGGACGUGAACGACAAUGCCCCCGAGGUGAUCAUCACCUCUCUCACGAGCACCCUGUCUGAAGCUGCCCCUCUGAACACCGUGGUGGCCCUCUUCAACGUGCGGGACCGGGACUCGGGGAACAACGGCAGGACGACAUGCGAGCUGCCAGGUGAGCAACCCUUCAGCAUCACUCCGCUGGCGGCCGAUGCGUACGCGCUGGUGACAUCAGAGGCUCUGGACAGGGAACAGGUGGCGGAGUACAACGUGACGGUGCGAGCCCGCGACGAGGGCUCCCCCGCGCUCUCAGCAUCCAAGAUACUGCUCGUGCGGCUCUUGGAUGUUAACGACAACGCGCCCACCUUCACUCAGGCCAUUUAA